AUCGUCAAGCAGACGACUACAUCUUGAAGUUGUUGGUCCAGGGGUGGGGGAAAAAGCGCGCUAUUUGAAAAGAAGCGCUAUCUCAAAAGUUGGUUUGGAAUUGGCCAAGUAGGAAAUUAUUGUGUAGCUCGAUAAAAAAAAAAAAAAAUUUGUGAUGAGGAAAAAGUAAGUGUAUAAAAGAGAUAAGUCAUCACUCUUUUUACUGACCUUUAAUGUCAGAUCGAUCCCGAUCCAGCACACCAACGACUCGCAAUUUUGUUGUGCAAAAUGAAUUCUUGAAUAUUCUUUAUUGGAACAAAUUCACGAAUUAACUCGUUAUUCGAUAAAAUUAGGAAUUUAUUUUUAAUCGACUCAUUAUGCUUUGGUAAUUGUUUUUAAUAAACUUCCGACAUGUGCGCGAUAAAUCAAAUCCUUAUGUUGGCCCAUGGCCACGAAAAACUUGAAAGACGGCAUUGAUACACCGCUUUCCAUCAGUCGUCAAUAUAAAUAUAUACACUGCAUAUGUAUAUAUAUACCUUGUAAAAGUCGUCGCGUCUUCUGCUAGUAAUAGUUUGGAGGAAAACACGACUGCACCUGAUGCAUUUCUCACCCAAUAUUAUUAAUCACGAAUGAUGCAGACAAAACAACAAAGCUCGAGCCAAGAGCCGAAUUCUCCGAACAUGUGGUUCAUACUUACGUACUCGGAUUCAUGCGACUUUGCGUUACAUUUAAUAUUCCACGGUUGACGUAAUUUUACAUGAUGCGCACGCGUGCGUAUAUACACGACGUUUGCUCGUGAGCUAUAGCUAUAAACAGCGCGUGUUUGUGUUAGGCAUGAGGAAAAGAGCGAGUGGAAUUCGACAACGACGUCGCCUCGUUGAAGAGGCUGAGGAGGAACCCAAAGCCGUGCUGCUAAAAUAGAAGGCCAUCAGCACGCGGUGCCGUGUAUAUUCGUUGGGGUGAGUGAGAGUCCCCUUUCUUUCUUUAUUUCCAUCUCUCAUUGGCAAGAAGGAGAGAGAGAGAGAGAGAGAGUUGCAUGGUGUAACACGAGCCGCUGCCUGAUAUAGCGCUUCCUCGCGCAGUGUGAUUAUUUUAGAACCUCGGCUCUGCCGCCGUCGAGGAAGGAGAGGAUGCUGUGGCGUGCCGGAGAAGAGAGACGAUUCUCGCGUUCCGGACGUGCCGGUGAUUACUGCAGCCACAAGCAGACAGUGGGAGCUCGGAAGCUCAGCUAACCGAGUGCUGCAGUCAAUGACUCCAAAGCCUCUCUUCUUCUGAUUUUUAAAAGUGACCUGUGAUUCCAUUUGAUCUUAACAAAAGUAACGUUGUUUACGCUUGAUCGGCUAACCAAGGAGGUAACCGACAAACAUAUCGGCUCGUUGCUGCUGCAAGUGUUGCAAGUCUAAAUUCAGCAAAUCGUAUUUUUAGCUCACCCAUAAGAACCGUGAUUGUGGGUGUGUACACAUAUUACGUGGGUAAGUUGAGCCAAAGGGCAAGGCUGUAAACCAAAGAGAAACUUUUUUCUUUUAUUUUUAAACUUCCUCUCUUCUUUUUUUUUUUUUCUUCACCGGUGUGUGUAUUUUACAUUUUGGGAACACUGCCAGUUGGCUGCUACUGCUUAUAGUUAGCUGAAAAAGAAGAAGAGGAAGAAGAUCAGAGGGGCGUGCUGUGACGACGGACGAGCUCCUAGAGGCAGUGCUCGUUUCUCCACGGUUCUGCGUGCCGAGUUUAGCUACGUCGAGCAGUCCAGCAGCACAGUUAUCGAGCAUUGACUCUAAUUCGCAGUAUUUUUUCAAGCUAUUUUUCCAGUUCAACUUACUGUGCGUGAAUGCAAGUACUGUAAACUGUUUCUUACCAUUGUGACAUUAUUGGAUAAUCAGUUUCAGUGCGUUAAAAGCAUUUCUGGUGAUAGUAUUUGCUCCGUUGAUUUCUGGACCAAAGAUAAGUUGAAAUGGAGUGCGAAACAGUGGAGAACAUUCCAGAGGGAGUGAAAAAGUGUGUGGCCAUGCUGAAGAUGGUCAGUGGAGACUCUGAAAAGUUUGCAGCUUUAUUUAUGGUCACAAAGCUCGUUAAUGGAAAAGAUUGCAAUUCGACAGCCAAAAAGCUGUUGUUUGAAGCCAUUGGUGCCAAAUUCAUAAGAAAACUACUAAUCAGUGACGAGGUUCCAGUGGAUUGUCCAUCGCAAGUGUACAAAUCCGUCGCUCUGUCUGUACUCUCUGCAUUUUGUAACGACUCGGUUCUUGCCUCUCACCCUGACAUGGUAGGACACAUUCCUGCCCUGCUGGAAAUUGUGUCCCAAGCAGACGAGGAUGCCCCGGACGACUCUUUAAUUAUCGUGAGCGAAGCUUACACAUGCUUGCAGAAUAUUGCUAGAUUCUACCCAGGCCAGAAGGCCUUACUCGAACAGAAUGCUAUUCCCAAAAUGUGUGAAAUCUACGCGGAAAAAAGUUUCAAGACCGACGAGGCCUUGAACAUUUUGGUAAAUCUGGUGAAUCAGUUUGGCCAAGAGGCAUGGGAUGCCACCAACACUACCCCGUUCCACGCCAUCGUCAACAAGAUUGCCUUGGACUUCGAGACGGACCAUGACGAGAGGAAAUUCCAGCUGUGCACGAUUUUGCAAGCUCUACUGGCCUCCUGCAGGCGCAGCGUCAUCUCCGAAUCUUCCAAGAAUGAGUCCUGGCCUCAGAGCAUCUACAAGGGCUUGAACGACAUUCUCACCUCAAAAAUUACAAAAAACCAGAGAGACCCGGCCCUGAAGCUCGCAGCCGUGAUGCUAGAACUGGUGGGUGUCGACUGGGCACUAUCCGACGAAGAAAAGCCCAAAGUCUUUUUCCUCCUUCUGGUCCAGUUGUCCUCGAUCGAAGUGAGAAUGCAACUAGAAGGAAAACAGCUCAAAGGUGCAAUGGCCAACGCGGAGCUGAUCGUAGCCUGCUUCAUGAUCCUCGAGAUCUCCAUCUCCUACAUCAUCAGCGACCAGCUGGACCUGGAGCAGAAGGAAAAGCAAUCGCUGUACACGGCUCUGAAGGGCGCGUUCGCAGCUGUGAUAUCUCUACUAACAUCAGUGUCAAAGAUGAAGGAAAUAACCGACACGAAGGAGCGAGUGUUCGUCUGCGCGGUGGUCCGCGUGUUCGCUGCCUGGCUCGCCCACGAGACGGAAGCCAUGCGCCCGCAGGUUCACGCCGUCUUACCCUACGUCCUCACCAUAGCCAACGACACCUUCUACGCGAGUCGCAACAGGAGAAUGGGCUCGUCCAACUGUGAGCCGGUCAAGCACGACCCCAUAAGCGACGUCGACAUCUUGAGGCUGCUGCUACCGGCGCUCUGCCACCUGACCGUCGAGGAAACGGCGAGGAAAAUCUUGCUCAAGCACAAACAGGACGAGGUGCUGUUCGAGUGUCUGUCCUACCAUUGGACCGUCGUCUACUACAAAAAACCACCGGUACCGAGAGCAGAGAGGCUCAAAGCCGUCAAAGAGCCAGCCAGGGAGCUGGAGCCCCACCAGCUGGAGGAGAUGGAGGACUCGAGAACCGCCAUGAUAUCGAUAUGCAACGUCCUCAUGAACAUAAGCGUGCUCGAGGCCAAGUUGGUCGAGGAGUCGGCGACGUUUGUCAAUCUACUCAAGUUCAUCUUCGACAGCUUGCCCGAGCUGAAACAGAUCCCGGAGAACCUGGUGCUCCACGGGAACUUGGCCAUUCUUGGCCUGUUGCUGCUCAAACAGCAAUCCAAGCGCAUCAAAAAAAAUGACUUUUCCAUCUGCCGGUACAUCCAGGCGACCAUUCGCUUCCUUUGGGACGCGUACAUAGUGGACGAGAGCAACGACCCGACCGAGCUGGUCGUCAACAUAUCGUACAAGGAGCAUUGGAUGCAGAUAAACGAGCUCUGGUUUCUGGGCAUGCAGACGAUGGCCAGCGUGCUGCAGCUCGUCCCGUGGCUCUCGGAGUUCGCGAUCGAGUCCGGAUGGGCCGAGGGGAUCAUCGACACCCUGAAGAAAGUCAAGAUCGGCGGCCUCCAGCCGAACGUCAAGUCGGCCUUUGAGGACCUGCUGUGCCACCUUGUUAAGGCCGACGGUAGCACCGCGAGCGUGCUCAAGAAGGCUGGGGCGCUGCAGGUCUGCAGGAACCAGCGGAUGAUGGAACUCGGCAAACACCUGUUCGGCGACUGAAGAACGCUCGAGUCGAUAAUUACCUUUUAAGAUGUUUUUUCUUUCUUUCUUUCUUUUUACUCGUAUUGCUCUUUGAGUGUUUGUCUAACCUUUGUCGUUGCGUUGAGGUUUUUUUUUUUUUUUUUUUUUUU